AACAGAGAUCCUUCUUUGGAGCUUCUUCGAAAAGGUAAACAAACUCUCACACCACCAUUCAUCGAUUCAAGUUCUGUAUCAUCCUUUCUCAAAUCUCUGGUAUAUUGAUUCUCUCGGUUUUUGAUCUCCAUCUUUCUUAGAGUAGCAAGAGAUUGAUCGAUAGAUUUAGCUGGUUUAUAGAUAAAGGAAAAUGGGGCUUAAUUUCACAAAGUUGUUCAGCCGGCUUUUUGCCAAGAAAGAAAUGAGGAUUCUGAUGGUAGGUCUUGAUGCUGCUGGUAAGACCACUAUUCUGUACAAGCUGAAGCUUGGCGAAAUCGUCACUACCAUCCCAACCAUCGGAUUCAAUGUGGAGACUGUUGAAUACAAGAACAUCAGCUUCACUGUUUGGGAUGUGGGGGGUCAGGACAAGAUUCGUCCCCUGUGGAGGCACUACUUCCAGAACACACAAGGUCUUAUCUUCGUGGUUGAUAGCAACGACAGGGACCGAGUUGUGGAGGCAAGGGAUGAAUUACAUCGCAUGUUAAAUGAGGAUGAACUGAGGGAUGCUGUCCUUCUUGUGUUUGCAAACAAACAAGAUCUUCCCAACGCAAUGAAUGCUGCAGAGAUAACUGACAAGCUUGGACUUCACUCUCUUCGCCAACGCCAUUGGUACAUCCAAAGCACCUGUGCCACAUCUGGAGAAGGUCUCUAUGAAGGCCUUGAUUGGCUCUCCAACAACAUCGCUAGCAAGGCAUGAUGAAGCUGCUGGAACACUUUUUGCACUUGGAAGAGACCAUUAGUGAUUGUGGAGAAGAAAGAAGUAUUAUAUCU